AUGAUUUUCAAUUUUAGGUUCUGUAUUUUCUUAGCAAAGAAAAUAAAGUUAAGUUUCAGUAAAAGAAUUAUUUAAGUAAGACUUUUACAUUCCAGCUUUAAUUUUAAGUAUUGUUUCAGGGAAUAAUUCUUAUAAACUAUGCUAUAUUUUAAUUCAAUAAUAAAAUUAAAUGAAACUAAAAAUUCUUGUAUCCUUUUCAAUCUUAUCGAAAGCUAAGGCAAGGUUUAUAAUAGAAAAAAGUACUUUGUAAAUUAAUAUUAAAACCUUUAGAUUUAAAAAGAGAUAAGUUACUAGCAUAGGUCGAAGUUAUGUAUGCUUCUACAGAGAGUAUAUUAGAAAUAUAUGAAGCAAAAAGAUUAUUUUUUAUGGGAUCUGAAAUUAUUGAUUUUAUUAGAUGACCAAUAAUAAGUCUAAUUUGUUAAUGAAAACUCAAUUUUUAUUUAGACGAAAUAUAUCCCCAUCAUGUUGUUUAUAGUAUUGACAAUUCAAACCAUAAAAUUGGAAACAAUAUCAUCAGGUUUCAACUCUGAAAAUACAAAAGAAGUUUAUAUAGAUAUAUCUUAAUGUAUGUAACACUUUAAAGUCAUAGAAUAGAUAGAAUUAUAAAGAAAUUUAGAGAGAAACAAAAUAGAUAUUGUUAUUAAAAUAUGA